UCAGAUAGCGGUGGGUGUGCUCGCAAACGUGCUGCCAUGUCUGUUACAUUAACAUCUGUGAAGAGAGUUCAAAGUUCUCCAAACCUAUUGGCUGCAGGACGUGAUUCUCAGUCACCAGACUCAGCUUGGAGCUCUUACAAUGAUCGAAAUCAAGAGACACUGAACGGCGAUGCUACAUAUUCCUCUCUUGCAGCAAAAGGUUUUAGAAGCGUUCGACCAAACUUACAAGAAAAAAAGUCACCAACUCAGAGCCAGAUAACAGUGAAUGGAAACUCAGGAGGUGCUGUGAGCCCAAUGAGUUACUAUCAAAGGCCGUUCUCCCCUUCAGCUUACUCUCUCCCAGGCUCGCUCAACUCAAGCAUUAUCAUGCAGCAUGGCCGGUCACUUGAUUCCACAGAGACCUAUCCCCAGCACGCGCAGUCUCUGGACGGCACCAUGGGCAGCUCCAUACCACUGUACAGAUCCUCAGAGGAGGAGAAGAGAGUGACGGUCAUCAAAGCCCCCCACUACCCGGGGAUCGGGCCCGUGGAUGAAUCCGGAAUCCCCACCGCAAUUAGAACGACAGUUGACAGACCGAAGGACUGGUACAAGACGAUGUUCAAGCAGAUCCACAUGGUACACAAGCCGGAUGAUGACACAGACAUGUAUAAUACUCCUUAUAUGUAUAAUGCAGGCCUGUACAACUCACCCUACAGCGCUCAGUCACAUCCUGCUGCAAAGACCCAGACCUACAGACCCCUCUCCAAAAGCCACUCCGACAACGGCACUGAUGUCUUUAAGGAUGCCUCCUCCCCCAUCCCUCCCCCGCACAUUCCUCCUCCAGUUCCACCACUUCGACCAAGAGAUCGAUCUUCGACGGAAAAGCAUGACUGGGAUCCGCCAGACAGAAAAGUGGACACAAGAAAGUUUCGUUCUGAGCCAAGGAGUAUUUUUGAGUAUGAACCUGGGAAGUCAUCAAUUCUGCAGCACGAAAGACCAGCCUCCUUGUAUCAAUCCUCAAUAGACAGAAGCCUAGAAAGACCCACUAGUGCCACGAGCAUGGCCAGUGACUUCAGGAAAAGGAGGAAGAGCGAGCCUGCGGUGGGGCAGCCGAGGGGCCUGGAUCACGGUGCACGCAGGACCAGCCCAGGCCGAGCGGACCUCCCAGGGUCAAGCGCCACCCUGACUCAGUCCUUCAUAAGUUCCUCCCCUUCUUCCCCAUCAAGAGCAAAAGGUGGGGAUGAUAUGUGUCCCUCCCUUUACAGUUACUCAGGGCUCAACGGCAACCCCUCCAAUGAGUUAGAUUACUGUAACGCUUACAAGAGACAGCAUUUGGAUGUCCCUCGUGACUCACAGAGGGCCAUCACGUUCAAGAACGGCUGGCAAAUGGCCCGGCAAAAUGCAGAGGUCUGGAGCAGCACUGAAGAGACAGUCUCCCCCAAAAUCAAAUCCCGUAGUUGUGAUGAUCUCCUAAAUGGUGACUGUGACAGCUUCCCUGACCCAAAAGCCAAGUCAGAAAGUAUGGGCUCUCUGCUAUGUGAAGAGGAGUCCAAGGAGAGCUGCCCUGGGGCCUGGGCUUCCCCCUACAUCCAGGAGGGCCGUGGUAACGGCCGAUCGAGGCUCCGACACAGGUCAGCCCAUGACGCCCCAGGGUUCCUAAAAAUGUACAAGAAAAUGCACCGCAUCAAUCGCAAGGAUUUGAUGAACUCAGAGGUGAUUUGCUCGGUAAAGUCGAGAAUCCUGCAGUAUGAAAACGAACAGCAACACAAGGGCCUGCUCCAUGGCUGGAGUCAGUCCUCCACUGAGGAGGUACCCAGGGACAUGGUCCCCACUCGCAUUUCUGAAUUUGAGAAGUUGAUUCAAAAGUCAAAAUCCAUGCCAAAUUUAGGAGAUGAUAUGUUCUCUCCUAUAACCCUAGAACCCCAACAAAACGGUUUAUGUCCCAAAAGGCGGUUUUCCAUCGAGUCUCUGCUGGAGGAAGAAAGUCAGAGUAGACACCCUUCUCACGUACAACGCAGCUACGAGCCCAAAACCCUGGUGCCGAUUCACAUCGAAGUCACCAGUGACGAGCAACCGAGAACUCAUUUGGAGUUUUCCGACAGUGACCAAGAAGGAGUUGUGUCUGACCACAGUGAUUACAUCCACGUGGAAGGGUCGUCCUUUUGCAGCGAGAGUGACUUUGAUCACUUUUCUUUCACAUCCUCUGAGAGCUUUUAUGGAUCCAGCCACCAUCACCACCACCAUCACCACCACCACCACCGGCACCUCAUCAGCUCCUGCAAAGGCAGAUGCCCUGCCUCCUACACCCGAUUUACCACAAUGCUGAAACAUGAAAGAGCUAAACACGAAAAUGCCGAGGAGCCCAGAAGACAGGAAACGGACCCCGGCCUUUCUAAACUUGCGUUUCUAGUCAGUCCCGUGCCUUUCCGGAGGAAAAAGAACUCGACUCCCAAAAAACAGGCUGAAAAGGCAAAAUGUAAAGCGUCUGUGUUUGAGGCUCUGGACUCUGCCCUUAAAGACAUCUGUGACCAAAUUAAAGCUGAAGAGAGAAGCAGAAGCUUGCCAGACAACAGUGUAUUGCACCGUCUUAUCAGUGAACUGUUGCCAGAUAUUCCGGAGAGGAACUCAUCACUUAAAGCUCUAAAAAGGAGCCCCGUGCACCAGCCCUUCCACCCACUGCCUCAAGAUGGUGCUAUUCAUUGUCCAUUGUACCAGAACGAUUGUGGGAGAAUGCCUCACAGUGCCUCUUUCCCAGACGUGGACACCACCACCAACAACUACCACCACCAAGACCAUGAGAGUGCACGGAGUCUCCAAGACCAUGAGUCCCCUAGAAGUUACUCAUCCACUAUGACUGACCUGGGGAGAAGUGCACCGAGGGAAAGAAGAGGAACUCCAGAAAAAGAGAAAUUGCCUGCAAAAGCUGUUUACGAUUUUAAAGCUCAGACGUCUAAGGAGCUGUCAUUUAAGAAAGGAGAUACUGUCUACAUCCUCAGGAAAAUUGAUCAAAAUUGGUAUGAGGGAGAGCACCACGGGAGAGUGGGCAUUUUUCCCAUCUCCUACGUGGAGAAACUCAUGCCUCCUGAGAAGGCACAGCCUGCAAGACCGCCUCCCCCAGCCCAGCCUGGAGAAAUCGGAGAAGCUGUAGCCAAAUAUAAUUUCAAUGCUGACACAAACGUGGAGCUGUCGCUGAGAAAGGGAGAUAGAGUUAUUCUUCUUAAAAGAGUUGAUCAAAACUGGUAUGAAGGUAAAAUUCCAGGAACCAGCAGACAAGGCAUCUUCCCUGUUUCCUAUGUAGAAGUUGUCAAGAAGAAUACAACCAAAGGUGCUGAGGACUACCCUGACCCUCCAAUACCCCACAGCUAUUCUAGCGAUAGAAUCCACAGCUUAAGUUCAAAUAAGCCACAGCGUCCUGUGUUUACUCAUGAAAACAUUCAAGGUGGGGGGGAACCGUUUCAGGCUCUGUAUAACUAUACUCCUAGGAAUGAAGAUGAGCUGGAACUCAGAGAAAGCGAUGUCAUUGAUGUGAUGGAGAAGUGUGACGAUGGAUGGUUUGUGGGAACCUCGAGAAGAACCAAAUUCUUUGGUACUUUUCCCGGAAACUAUGUCAAGAGGCUGUGA